AUGAACACAAUGACCGAACUCGAAAAAUCAUGGAGUGAGUACAAAUAUGUCGUCGUCCACGCCGACGCGCUCAUCAACACGCCCGAUGUGAUCAAGACCACUGGCACCCACGCCGCUAUCUAUUCGGUUAUCUACGCCAUCUUACUCCUCUGCAAGCCAUCUGUCUUGACGCUUGUAUCAAUCUUUUUGGCCUUUGGUCUCGUCAUUGAUACCUUUAUCAGCACUUUCAACCAAAAGGUUUUUGCUGGAAAGCCUUUGAGCGAAAAUCAGGAAGGUCGAUUCAGCGAAAUCUGUUCCAACUUGAGCGGUUGCACAUCAUGCCUCUCUUCCACCAUUCAAUGUCUUCAGAAACAACGAGCUGAUACUCCCAUCAAAUUCCUCUCGUACGCUCUUCCUAUCCUCGCCGCGACCGCUUACCUCGGCAGAAAGUGCUCCAUCAUCUCCUUGAUCUGGAUUGCUCUCAUGAUCAAAUGCACUCUCAGAAUCCCCGAAGUUCAGCAAAAGGUCAACAUGGUCAAGGACAAAGUCUCUGGUAUGUUGCAGAAGAAGCAGAAGUAA